UAGGUGAAAGAUGGCGUCUCUCGUACCAGAAGUACUGAUUAAGCUUCUACAGAGUAUGAACUCCAAUGUAAAAGUCCGUGGGGAGUAUAGAUCAGUACUUUUACAAGUAAUCAGCAUUGUCCCCGCAUUGAGUGGUUCAGAACUGUGGCCAAACCACGGGUUCUUUAUUAAAGUCUCCGAUUCUUCUCAUUCGACUUAUGUUACACUGUCAAAAGAAGACAAUGAGUUCAUUUUGAACAACAAAUUGCAACUUGGCCAGUUCUUCUAUGUUGACAAAAUGGAAGCUGGAACACCGGUUCCAGUCUUAGUUGGCGUGAGACCAAUUCCAGGGCGACAUCCAUUUGUUGGCAACCCGAAGGAUCUGAUGCAAAUGUUGGAACAAUCUGAGGUUCCUGAUCAGGAAAAUAGUACUAGUGGUCCAAAGUUGAAUGAAUUGCCUGAAGUGAAAAAGGAGAACGAGAAGAAGAAGAAAUUUAUUAUCAAAGAGGAAAAGGCGGUUGUUGCAUCCAGGUAUAUGCAAGGUGUGUCAAACCAGAACGUAAAGAUUGGUGGAAAUGAUCAAGGUACUGGUGCAAAAGGCGUUGAAAAUGAGAGUAACGGAGCAGAUCACAAGGUUGUACCUUUGAAAGGGAAACAACCAGAGGUUAAAAGUCAGACACAGCCUACAACUCCUUCUCGUAGUCGUUCUGAUGCAUUUUCUCCAAACUCAGAUGUCAAUGUGCUUAAUAGCAGGGAGCUUUCGACAACUCCAAGGUUUUCAACUCUAAAACGCACCAGCAGCAAACAAGAAAACAUUAAAGAGAACGGUCCAUUUUCCGAAACACUCAUACCUUGGUCCUCUCUACCAGCCAACCUCGCAAAGCCAGGGAAGGGGAUCCUUAGAAGGAAAAAGUUAGCUUCUUUAAUAGCAGCAGAAGCUCAAGAAGAAGCAUUGACAGCAACCAAUCUUCUUCAUUGCUUCAGCAUGUUUGCUGAACUAUGCUCAUCUGCAUCACCAGAGAGCCCUCAUCUCAAUUUGUCCAAAUUUUUCACACUCAACCAACUCAUGGAUCAACCGAAUAAUACUAACAAGACAAACGAACAAAUCCUAGAUAACUUUGCUUCAAAAUUAUCUUUACAAGACAAGGAGAAAUCAAGCAAGAAGACACGUUCCUUGAACGAUACUAAAAAUACCCCUAAGUCGUUGAUCGAAGUUUCUGUGUCUGAAAAGGUAGAAUGGGCAAAAGGAGACGGUUCCAAAGGCAUUAAGGAGUUAAGAGAUGUUCUGUUUAAUGAAAUGCAAUCCUGGUUUCUUAAAUUCAUGGACGAAGCACUGGAUGUUGGCUUCCAACUGAGUGAGCAAGAACACAAAAAGAAAACACGUGUUGUACAACAAACGGAUACAAACAACCAAAUUGCUCUCGCGUUGUCACAACUUAAACAUGCCAAUGACUGGUUGGACAAGCUACAGAGUAAAUCAACUUUGAAUAAAGAUGUUGCUGAGACAGUUGACAGAUUGAAGCAAAAACUCUACGCGUGUUUACUUCUUCAUAUCGAUUCAGCUGCUUCAGCUCUCGGAAAACCAUGUUCCUAAGAGUUUCUGAAGCUAUUUAAAGGUCAAUUAACAGUAACUAAUCAGCUCAUUUGAGUAUAAUGUAUACUUAAUUGUUUCAAUGUACCUGGCUACCUGCAUUGCUUGUUAUCUAGCCUUGAUUUAAUAUGAUUAAGAUUUCCAAUAUUAGGUGUAAAUGUCAGUAAUUAGCAACUAACACUAUGACA